UAGGCAAACUGGAAAAACAUAAAAUCGGUGCUAAAGGCGACUUUGUGAAAAUUGCUAGAAAAUAAGUUAUUUAACUUAAAAACGCAAAAUAAUUGGUGAAAACAAUGCAUUAACAACCUGAAAAUCCGUUGGCAUAUUUGGUGUACACUUAGCAGACGCCAAUAUGAUGGAAAUUCCUAUACAAGUAGCCGUUAGAAUCUACCCCUGCUUACCACCGGCUGCAACAAAAGUAUCAGCACCACUACCAUCAGCUGGCAAUGUUGUAGAUACCAGAUCGAAUUUAGGGGCAGAUGUGGAUUUGGAAUUAACAACGCAAAAAGAUGAUAAUGGUAAUUUUAGCACACAAGUAGGCGACGAAAAAGUGGAAACGGUUUUGCCAAACGAGCCAAAUGCAAAUGAACCCUCGAACUUCUGCGUGCAAGCCAUUCCUAUGGCAGCGCCAGCUUUUCUAAAUGCGGCACCUACAGCUCUGCCUGGACAAUUCGACAACGGCAUAGCUGCCGGACUAAUGCAGGUAGGACCGCAUUCCUUCCCAGUGACUCAUGCUCUUCCCUUGGAUUGCACGCAGAGUCAAAUUUACCACCAAACGGUAUUUCCGCUGAUCAGCUUGUUCAUGGAGGGAUUCGAUGCAUCGGUGGUAACAUAUGGUCAACGAGGUACGGGUAAAACAUACACACUUUAUGGCCCCGGUUUGAAUUGUGUAUACGGUGAGUCGGAACAGGGCGUUGUGCAACGGUGUGUGCGAGAAAUAUUUGCGCACAUGGCAAACCAUCCAGAACGUACCUAUGCUGUAAAUAUCGGUUGGGUUGAGAUAAUCGAUGAUGUUAUACAAGAUCUUUUGGGCGUGGGCAAUGUGCAUUGUGAAAGUAUCACCGAUGUUUUCCAUUGGUUACAGCAGGGUUUAACGGCUAAACAGCAAACGGCGACCCAAUAUGAAGAGGUUACCCCCAAAAGUCAUACCCUUUUUACGCUUACACUCGAACAACAAUGGGUUUCAAAAGAAGGUCUCAUUCAACAUCGCUUAUCCACAGCUAGUUUUUCCGAUUUAUGUGGCUCCGAUCGUGUAUUUAUGUUAAACUCUUUGGAUCAACCAACCAGCUUGCCCAAAGAUGUUGACCAACAUCUUUGGGCAAGCUGGUUGGUUGAUCCAAAGAAUUUAACAUAA